CUGACAGAGAAUCUGAAAAGGACAUCUAAAGAUAUGUCAGGAGAAGCUGGUAAACAAAAACAAUUGGAAGCGGAAGCACAAGAUGGCGACGAGACCAAGCAAUUAGAAUACGCCAAGUCUUUACUGGAGCUUGUCAAAUCGGAUACCGAUUCCGAGGAGACUGCUAGAAAGGCAGUUGAUCUUCUUGUUAAAGUUUCCCAAAAAGCUAACAAGGAAGCUACGGACAUUCUGCGAGUGUGUUUAAAGGAACAAACAGGAAUUACUGAAGAGAACAGGUCUGCUGUAAAAUGGUGUUUAGAAACCAGCGACCAGGAAAAGAGAGUUCGGGAAUCUGCAAGGCAGCUCUUCCGAACAAUCCAGAGAAAAGAGGGAGAUCCUUUGUCAUUGAAGGAGUUCGUCACCGCAGUGAAGACCGCGAAGGUUGAUACAAGUGUGAAGGGAAUUCUCGUGUUGGCAGCUAAAGAAGCCGGAAAUAACAUCACGGAGGAAAAACUAUCAAUGAUAUUAUCUGAGCAAAUUCAGGGGACACUAAAUAUGACGUCAUCAGAACGGGAAAAUCAGUCCAAUGAAUUCAAAUCAGCCGAUGUGUUCACCAAGGUCACAAAAUACCCAAUGGAGACGCUGAAGGUUGGCCUACAAGAAGCACAGGAUAUGAUUGCGACAGAUGGCAUGUCAUGGGUUGGUAAUUUGCUGCCUAGCAACCAACUCUACAUGAUCUCAGCAUUCUUUCUCUACAGUUUUCUGUCGGCAAGUCUUCUUCUCUUCGUUAUCCCACUUCUAGUGUUCUACGUCACACUUGCUCUGCUACUUGUGGCAACCUUGCAGAUCAUCGUCAACAGACAGAAUCUAAGAAAAAGCAUAGAACUUGCGAGUACUUUGAAGAAAUUUGACAAGAAUUUAAACGUAGAAGCGGCCAGAUCCAAAUUUAUAAAAAACAAACUGACGCCAUAUUGGAUAUUUUUUGCAGUUUUGCCACUUUUCGUUGCGGGAUUGUCGCUAGCAAACAAGAAGUACAUCCCUUGUUCCGACCUGGCUGUCAUAUCUUGCAUCAUAACAGCAAUACUUUUCUUCUUCUUUAUCGAAACUCCACUGGAAGUGACACGUUGGUUAGCAAUGAUUUUUAAUCUAUUUUCCUCCUUGCCAAUACUUUCAAGGAAUUUUCCAGAUAUUCCCGUUAUUUCAAAAAUAGUAGGUUUGAUCACAAAGUCGUUUUAUUCGCUUGAUGUCGCUUUUGGUCUCAAGAUCAAUAUCAGUCUUCCGUCCAUUUCCUACUCUUUUCUCCCUAUACUUUUCGUUGUCAUGGCCUUGCGACAUUCUGGGGCUGGAAGUUACCGAAUUUUACUUCCGUUUUUUGUCACACAAACAUGGCUCAGCAUUGCCACUUCACUAUAUCCGUAUACAACAUGGUUCGGGUUGAUCAGGGCUUCUGUAGGAAAUGCUUUCUUGCCAGUUCUUCUUCCCAUGUCAAUCGUUGUUGGUAUAUUUUACGGUAUUUAUCAGGCUUUUCAAACAAAUACUUUCCUUCAAAUUGCAAUAGCUGCAGUUCUAGGACUUGUUCCUUUAAUUCUCUCGCAAACAACAGCAAUUUUCGGGUCAAACGAUGGCAAAUCAGGUUCUACCAAGAAGUAUGUAAUGCUUCUCUUUGGUGUUUUGGGAUUUCUUCCUGUGACUUCCAUCUUUUCAAUCAUUCCAACUUCAAACAGUUCUGUGCCGUUUAAAUUUGAAUUAGGAUGGCCUGAAUAUAAAGCUCUAUGUUUAUCCGGAGAUGGAAAUAGGAUUUCGCGGCAAAAUCUUUGCAUGAAUUUCAUUGGACAAAAAGUUACGUGGAACGGGACAUUCGACGGAGUUCAAAUUUCAAAAGUUGAGAAUAGCAUAGAGCCUAUGCUGGCAGGGUUGCCUUCACUAGUUGUCAAUAAAAUUCGAUGUACUUUUGGGACCUCUUUUGGCGAUUGUAAUUCGGCGGAAUUGUCAGUAGACGAGCAAACAGUGUGUAAACUCAAGGCGUCUUCAGGACAAACGUGCCAUUUUAAUGAAUAUGACACGUUUUCGUUCAAAAUGACAGUAUCGAUGCCAAACUUCAAUGGAAAAUUAGCAUUAGAUACUGGGGAUACAUUUAAGGAUAUUCUUGGAAGUCUGGAAACGGGGGAUUUGCUGGAAUUUGUAGCCAUUCUUGGUGAAAACCAAGGUACAACAAUGCCAAAAUUUCAACUUAAAGACUUGCGAUGUACAAGCCGUGUACUGCCUGUUGUUUUAGAACAACCGGAAGAAGACGAAGGUGUUCUGCUAGCACGUGCUACAAAUGAUGCCAUAUCGACUACAGUCAAUUUCUUCUUAUAUCCAGUUUUAGAAUAUUCACCAAAACUGACAUAAAAGCAACAAAACAUGAUUUAGUAACUUUUAAUGAUUCAUUAAAUUUCUAAAGAUGACCUACAUAAAAAUUAGAAAUAUGUAUGUUUAA